CAAAUAGUAGGGAAGAUUACUAAUUGAAACCUUUGUAAAUUUUCAGGGAAAGGAAGAUAAUAUGAUUCAGAAGCUUCCACAAGAAAAUUUUGACCUGCAUAUGCUGAUACUUAUUCCAUAUAUGCUGAGCAGAAAAGGAUAUUUAUAACUUUUUUGGGUAGGGUGUCAGAAGCUAAAAUGUGAUUGGGGAUAGAACAAAGAACAUGUUUAAUCAAAAUCAGUUUACCUCAUCUCUUACUGGAGAUUUCAUCUCCAAGAAGAGGAUCACCCCACCAGAAGGAUAAUUUGAGAAAUCCCCUUCCCAGCAUCAGGCUCAUACAAAGAGAACUCCUAUGCCCAAGGCAAGAGGCCUGCAGAUGCCAAACUUUGAUAAUGAAGAACCUUAAAUUCCCUUCAACAUGUUUGUUGAAGCAACAGAAGACUUUGGUGACCAGAGGCUUGAUGGGAUGCAUAAACUAAUCACAGUCAAUCAAAGUCAUUAUGAGCAUCUAUCUCAUGUCAAUGACAACUUCAACUUUGGUAUGCAGUUUAUAUCUUACAGCUUUGCGUCUCUGAGAGCCUCUCUGGCUGAAUUAAUGCAAACCUCUACUGCCAAAGUGGAUUCCCUCUCCACAGAAGUGGAUGGUAUCAACUCUAUUCUAUACUCUACUACUCAGACGCUCAACGCUUAAAAUGCAACACUUGCCAAGCUAUCUGAGGCUGUUGACACUCUGCAAUGGUCUGACACAAAGACCAAAGAGCAACUCCAAGAUAUUGAAGAUCUCUGCAAAACCCAUCGUGAUCAAGCUAGAACUUUCAUUGCUGCUGACAAAGAAAGAUACCAGAAGAUGGUAUUACUUGAAGCAAGCACCAAAGAAAUGUAUUCAGCUGUUCAGAAGCAACAAAGUCUGAUAGAAGGUAUAACCUCUGUAACCCAAACUCUCCCAGAGGCUCUUGAAGAACUCAAGGACGCUCAAGCCUCAGAAUUCUCUAAAAUUGAGCUCCUAUUUGGUGAUCUUGUUGAUGCCAAAAGGGGGAAGAGAAAGCAGAACCCGCAGGCCAGACUUCCAGAGCCCUAUCUACUAUGCCCAAGAGUACCUCUGUUGAUCCCGCAGUCUAUUUUGAGAAGGCCAGACAGAAGAGACUUGUUGUUGGAAUCAACAGACCUCCUCCUCCACCUCGAAAAGGAACCAAGAAGAAAACAUCCAACUUCUCUUUUAAUGAAUGGAUGAAAAGUGGAAUGUCAAGACCGGACAGAGCCCAUUUCGAGCAGAUGAAAAAGAUCAUGACUCCUCUACAACAAGAGAAUCUGUUCAUGGACAAUGAUGGACUUGUCCAAAUCAAUCAUGGAGGAUCUAUUCAAGAAGUUGAAGCUUGGUGGCAAAUGAAGGUAAUCCCAGGCAGGAAUAUAUCAGAAGCAGUGCGAAACUAUCUAGAUUGGAAGCUUGAUUCUCACUGGUCUGAAUACCAAAAUCCGAGGAAUUUAGCCUCCAUCAGAGACAUAGUAAAUACAGAACUCAA